AUGUAUGAAGGAAAGUCAAUUGAGAAGGCCUUGCCACCUAGGAUUAGCGCUCGCUCUCUUUAUAGUUGCAACCAGGGGCCCGCAAAGCGCGCUAAAAGCGUUAUCACAGCAAAACCUGUUAGUUACGAGGACGAGCCAUGCACUGGAUGCUCAUUUAUUCUGCUGAAAGUCCAAAAACUCGAAAAAGAGUUGACUGCUUUAAGGGAACUCGUGCAAGCGAACGAUAGUGUGCAAAACGCGGUGAAUAGCGCUAAAGUUAGCAAGAAAAAGGGAAAGAGCAAAACUCUGAAACAGCCAAAGAACAAAGCAUGUGGAAAACCUCUGUGCAAGAGCGCCGAUACCCAGGACGAUGGGAAAAUAGCAACGGAGUCUCUUGUUUCUAUGGGAGACAACCCAAGCGAGCCAUCAACUUCUCUCAGCCAUUCCGCGUGUUCAACAGGACCCUCAGUUGGAAGUGAGGAAACAAGCUCAUGGCAAGAUGGAAAGGGUAAGCGCCACAACUGGAGUAUAGAACCCCAGACGACUCCGGUGGAUCUUCUGAGACCUUCAGCUGACAAGGCCACCGGAAACAGAAAAAAUGAACCCCUUGAUCGUCAGCACUGCGUAGUCGUCCAGGGUCUAUCGGAGUCGGAUGCUUCUACCCCGAAGGAGAGGAUCUCCGCUGACCUUAAUAUGCUUCAACGCCUACUGAACGAAAUGCUUAAUUCAAAUGAAAAGAUAACUAUUCGCGCAGCCUUCAGGAUCGGAAAGAAGGAGAGCGAACAAUCAGAAACUGUGCGGCCACGACCUCUGAAAAUUGUUUUGAACAGUAAAGAGGAAGCUAGCUUACUUCUGUCCAGGAAAAGCAGCCUCCGAAACUCGCACAAGGAAGUUUUUUUUCAGCCGGACUAUUCUCCAGCGGAACGUCUGAAACGCCGCGAAUUGGUAACGGAGUUGAAGAGGAGACUUGCAGCGGGAGAGAGCAACUUGGCCAUUUUCAGGGGACGAGUAAUACAGAGGAAGGCGAUGUUGUUUUGGAAACAACCAGUCAUCAUGAUGGCGGCAGCAACAUAA